UGUUUGUUUGUUUGUUUGUUUGUUUCUUUUUCCUUUGCCAACAGAAAUUUACUGACGCUUGUCUGCUGUGCCCCCAAUGUGCUGUGUGCCUGUUGUGUGCACAAACCAGUCUACGCAAAUGUCAUCACCUGACGUAACGGAAGAGGCCGUCUAUCUGUGCACUGGCAAUCCUAUGCCGAAAGAUAUCGAGCUGAUCUGCUACUGGUUGCUGAAUGAGUCCUUUUUGGAUGCAUACCAACGGAUCUUAGAGAUGAAAACAGUGAAGGGCCUUGCUCUUGUGGACAUUGUUCGUGAACUUCAGCCGUGGAUUUUCAAAAUUCAGAUGCCUGCACAUAUCCGCAUUCUGGUGGUUGAUUCACUAGCCGACAUUGAAUACAGACUUGCAUUUGGGACGCACGAGAGAAUACAAAUGGCAGCCCUGGUGGGAGCAUUCACUCAUGUCAGGAAAGAGCUAGUGGCAGCGGCAGAAGGAUGACACUGUGCAUACAACACUGCUGGAGUGGGGAGGGAUUUUGUAAGGAGUCAGUCGCCUGCCGCAAUGUC